CUCAGCUGGAAUGCAGUUCUGAGUUUGGUAGUGGCUGCUUUGUAACAGGCUGGGCUCAGCUAGAGGUAACAAAAGCAAACACAUCUUGCUGUAGGAAAAUGCCUCACUUCACAGUGGUGCCGGUGGAAGACAAUCACACUUCGAACUAUGACAGUCUGGAGGGCAUCAACUGGGUUGAUUACAGAGAUACAGGGCAAGGUUCGAGAGACCACAAUGACACAGUAAGCUCUGAUGGUCACGGCCAACAUAAAGAAAAUAGCCCUUUCCUGAAUAGCGCUGACACAGCAAAUGGAAAUGACUACUAUGACAAGAACUUGGCCUUAUUUGAGGAGGAGCUGGACAUUCGCCCCAAGGUGUCCUCCCUCCUCAACCGGCUGGUCAACUACACCAACAUCACCCAGGGAGCCAAGGAGCAUGAGGAGGCAGAGAGUGCAGAUGGCUCCAAGAAGAAGAUCCCAAAGGCCCCCAGCAUGGGCACCCUGAUGGGGGUGUACUUGCCAUGCCUGCAGAAUAUCUUCGGGGUGAUCCUGUUCCUGCGCAUGACCUGGAUCGUAGGCACGGCGGGGAUCAUGCAGUCUCUCCUGAUCGUCCUAAUAUGCUGCUGCUGUACAAUGUUAACUGCCAUAUCAAUGAGUGCCAUUGCUACAAAUGGUGUUGUUCCAGCCGGAGGCGCCUAUUUCAUGAUCUCCAGGUCGCUUGGCCCUGAGUUUGGGGGUGCAGUGGGGCUGUGUUUUUACUUGGGGACCACCUUCGCAGCAGCCAUGUAUAUUCUGGGUGCAAUUGAAAUAUUACUGAAAUACAUCGUCCCCCAGGCAGCGAUAUUCCACAGCAGUGAUGUGAACGACAUGGACAGCGCCAUGCUGAACAACAUGAGAGUCUAUGGGACCCUCUUCCUCAGCUUCAUGGCUGUGGUUGUCUUUGUGGGGGUGAAAUAUGUCAACAAGUUCGCCUCUCUCUUCUUGGCUUGCGUGAUAAUAUCCAUUUUGUCUAUAUAUGCUGGGGCAAUCAAAUCCAUCUUUGACCCUCCUGAGUUUCCAAUCUGCAUGUUGGGUAACAGGACCCUCUCUAGAGACUUGUUUGACGUCUGUGCAAAGACGGUGGUGCAAAACAACAUGACUGUAGCGAGCAAGCUGUGGGAGAAUUUCUGCAGCACUGCAAACAUGACGAUGGAAACGUGUGAUGAAUACUUCACACACAACAAUGUCACUGAAAUACAGGGGAUCCCCGGUCUGGCCAGGGGUAUCAUAAGAGACAAUCUGUGGGCCAGCUACAUGGAGAAAGGCGAGAUCUUGGAGAAGCCUGGCUUGCCCUCCGAAGAUGUGCACGGAUCGUUGAGUAACCUGUACCUGUAUGUGUCCUCUGACAUCACCACCUCCUUCACUGUGCUCGUGGGCAUCUUCUUCCCCUCCGUGACCGGAAUUAUGGCUGGUUCCAAUAGAUCCGGAGAUCUCAAAGACGCACAGAAAUCUAUCCCUGUUGGGACAAUCCUGGCUAUCAUCACAACAUCGCUAGUUUACUUCAGUUCCGUGGUGUUGUUCGGAGCUUGCCUUGAGGGGGUGGUCCUACGAGAUAAAUUCGGAGACGCUGUGAAAAAGACCCUGGUGGUGGGAACACUGUCCUGGCCCUCCCCCUGGGUCAUUGUCAUCGGCUCCUUCUUCUCCACCUGCGGGGCCGGCCUGCAGAGCCUGACCGGGGCGCCUCGGCUCCUGCAGGCCAUCGCCAAGGACAACAUCAUCCCCUUCCUGCGGGUGUUUGGUCAUGGGAAGGCCAAUGGGGAGCCGACCUGGGCGCUGCUCUUGACCGGCCUCAUCGCCGAGCUCGGGAUCCUCAUCGCUUCCCUGGACAUGGUGGCUCCUAUCCUCUCCAUGUUCUUCCUGAUGUGUUACCUUUUUGUUAACUUGGCGUGUGCUGUGCAGACUCUGCUGAGAACCCCCAACUGGAGACCACGGUUCAAAUACUACCACUGGGCUCUGUCCUUCCUGGGGAUGAGCCUCUGCCUGGCACUCAUGUUCAUCUCGUCCUGGUACUACGCAUUAGUGGCAAUGGUUAUCGCAGGCAUGAUCUACAAGUACAUUGAGUACCAGGGAGCUGAGAAGGAAUGGGGUGAUGGUAUCAGGGGCUUGUCUUUAAGUGCAGCCCGCUAUGCCUUGCUGAGAUUGGAAGCUGGCCCUCCUCAUACAAAGAACUGGAGGCCCCAGCUGCUUGUGCUGCUUAAGUUAGAUGAGGACCUGCAUGUAAAAUACCCUCGACUCCUGACAUUUGCAUCCCAGCUGAAAGCUGGGAAAGGCCUCACGAUCGUGGGAUCAGUGAUUCAAGGCAAUUACCUGGAGACCUUUGGAGAGGCGCAGGCUUCAGAACAGGCCAUUAAGAACAUGAUGGAGAUUGAAAAGGUGAAAGGCUUUUGUCAAGUGAUCGUAGCCAAUAAGGUCCGUGACGGGAUCGCUCAUUUGAUUCAGUCCUGUGGACUGGGUGGCAUGAAACACAACACAGUGGUGAUGGGCUGGCCCUAUGGAUGGAGGCAGAGUGAGGACCCACGAGCCUGGAAAACAUUCAUCAACACAAUUCGUUGCACUACGGCAGCUCACUUGGCGUUGAUGGUGCCGAAGAACGUCUCCUUCUACCCGAGCAACCACGAGCGCUUCACCGAGGGCCACGUGGACGUGUGGUGGAUCGUGCACGACGGGGGCAUGCUGAUGCUGCUGCCCUUCCUGCUGAAACAGCACAAGGUGUGGAGAAAAUGUAAGAUGCGUAUUUUCACUGUCGCGCAAAUGAAUGACAACAGCAUACAGAUGAAAAAGGAUCUUGCCAUGUUCCUCUAUCAACUCCGCAUAGAGGCAGAGGUCGAGGUGGUGGAGAUGCACAACAGUGAUAUCUCAGCAUACACGUACGAACGGACCCUAAUGAUGGAACAGAGGUCCCAGAUGUUACGGCAGAUGCGCUUAUCCAGUGCAGAGAGGGACAGAGAGGCUCAGCUGGUGAAGGACCGGCACUCUUUGAUCCGCAUGGGGAGUCUGUAUUCCGAUGAAGAGGAGGAGGUGGUGGAGAGCAUUCCUGAGAAGAUUCAGAUGACCUGGACGAAGGACAAGUACGAUGCUGAGAGGAAGAACAGGCACAACGCCCCGCAGACAUUCAGAGAACUGAUCAGUAUUAAACCAGAGUGGGAAAACCUGGACCAGUCGAACGUGCGCAGGAUGCACACAGCAGUGAAGCUCAAUGAGGUGAUAGUCAAUAGAUCUCACGAUGCCAAACUGGUGCUGCUCAACAUGCCCGGGCCACCAAGGAACUCGGAUGGAGAUGAGAACUACAUGGAAUUCCUGGAGGUGCUGACAGAGGGUCUGGAGCGAGUGCUGCUGGUGCGAGGAGGGGGCCGAGAAGUCAUCACCAUCUACUCCUGAAACACCAGCAGUAUUAUUACACUUUUUUGCCAGUAUAUUGAAGACAUUCCAAAUUAGGACAGAUAAAAAAAAAAAACGUUGUUUUUUUUGUGUUUUUGUUGGUUUUUGCCAGAACAUUAGAAGUGUGAUUGGUCAAGCUCAGAGCUUUCUUCGAGUGACUUUAUUAUUGCCUUUGUUCUGUACCGAGUACAGAAUACAUAUCCCUAGAGCGACUGUUGAGAAGAAGAGUGGUCAUCUCUGAUGAAACGGAAGAUAUUGUUGCUGGGAGGGACUAGCAGUACAGAGCUGUGUAAUGUGACUGGGGGAGUGCUUUUGUGUUUACGCACUGCAGACCAGAUCGAGUCACAUCAAGGGUUUCCAAAUCAGACCAUAACUUUACGUGAGUCCACUCAUGGCAGUACAUGCUUCUCGUACUGCUGAAUAUGCAAUUUUUCUUUGUAAUGGUUUGUUUUUUUAACAGUUUUAUUAGAAAAUACCAGUUAUUUUUUCAUAGUAAUUAUGGGUUAUUAUGAUAGCGGAGAGGCAAAACUAUUAAGAUGAGGUUUGCCUUCUUUCUGCAAGUUACAAAAAAUCUGAUUUAUUUUAUUAUUUAUUUGCUAAAAACUCCCAAAACAAAGUUGUAUAAAAUGCCAGUUGUCUUGGUAAUGAGCAGAGAUAUGAUAUGGAAUAUCAGUGUGUAUAAUGUAUUGUUCAUUCAGCCAAGACAGAACUAAAGUCUGCUUUUAUAUCUACAGCUUUUAAUUCUAUAACUUGUUGACAGCUGCAUUAUUGUUGACUUUUAUAGGCUUUAAAUUUAAUUGCACCAAAUAUAAAAAGCAAGCAGAUUCUCUUUUUUUCCAAUAAAGUAUUAUAUACAAUU